AUGAUUCUGAUGGAGAAUAAUACAGAAGUGACACACUUUCUCCUGCUGGGACUCACUGAUGACCCAGGAUUGCAGUUUCCCCUCUUUAUCACAUUUCUCCUCAUCUACAUCAUCACCCUGGUGGGAAAUCUGGGGAUGAUACUGCUGAUUGUACUGGACUCUCAUCUCCACACACCCAUGUACUUUUUUCUAGGUAAUCUCUCCUGGGUUGAUUUUUGUUACUCUUCAGCUGUCACACCCACAGUCAUGACUGGGCUAUUAAUAGGAAACAAGGUCAUUUCCUAUAAUGACUGUGCUGCUCAGAUGUUCUUUUUUGUAGCCUUUGCUACUGUGGAAAAUUACCUGUUGGCUUCAAUGGCCUAUGAUCGCUAUGCAGCAGUGUGCAAGCCCUUGCACUAUGCCACCACUAUGACUACAAGAGUGUGUGCCUGUCUUUCUGUAGGUUCCUAUGCCUGUGGUUUCCUGAAUGCCUCCAUCCACAUUGCGGACACUUUCAGUCUUUCCUUCUGUAGGUUAUAUGUAGUCCAUCACUUCUUCUGUGAUAUUCCAGCAGUCAUGAUUCUCUCUUGCUCUGAUAGGCAUGUUAGUGAGCUGGUCCUUGUUUAUGUAGUGAGCUUCAAUAUCUUUUUUGCUCUCUUAGUUAUCUGGGUAUCCUACAUAUUCAUUUUUAUUACAAUCUUUAAAAUGAAAUCAAGUUCUGGAUAUCGAAAGGCUGUAUCCACUUGUGCCUCACACUUCACUGCAGUGUCAAUUUUCUAUGGGACAAUCAUAUUCAUGUAUUUGCAGCCCAGCUCCAGUCACUCCAUGGACACUGACAAAAUUGCCUCUGUGUUCUACACCAUGAUCAUCCCUAUGCUGAACCCUCUGGUCUACAGCAUGCGAAACAAAGAAGUCAAGAAUGCAUUCACAAAAAUUUUGCAGGUGGUAAAAUAG